AAAAGCCCAGCAAAGCGGGAGGCAUUUGGUAAAGCCCUCCUCGUCUUUGGAGAAUGCUGCCAUGGAGAUCUGAAACUGAAGGGACGCUGCUAAUGCUGCUGCUUCUGCUUCUUAACUGAGAUAGAAAGAAGAGCGAGGGAGAGAAGCAGAGGUAGAAGAAGAGGAAGAUGAUGACGGGAAUGGUGCAGGACCAGAGCCUGGAGAAACAGAUAGAGAAGCACAUGGGUGGCUGCAUGGCCGGCCUCUUCCACAUCUUCGACCGCCCCCACUCCUUUCCAGCCAAGCGCCUCGUCUCCCCCAAACGCCUCCCUCCCUCCUCCCCUGUGCUCGAUCCGACCUGCGAUGAGGUCGACAGGGCCGCGGGGCCUCCGCCGGACCAAUACCCGAGGUCAUCCCCUCUGAGGGACAUACGCUCGCCCGCCCGGGAACCUAGCACCCCGUCGGAGGCUUCAUCAGCUGCCGCGAGAUCCCCUUUCCCCUUCCCGUUAUUCGAGCUCAAGGGAGGUACCAGAUCUCCCUGGAAGUGCUCCAGGGAGGCGCCCAGGCUCUCCCUCGACAGCCGGGCCACCACCGACGCCAGGGGAGCCCUCGACCCCCGCGGCAACGCUGCUGCACAGCCAGCAGACGUUCCGAAUGCCGGGGACUGGCUGCCAGGGGAAGAGAACGACCGGCAGGGGAGAUCCCCGAGCGUCAUCGCUCGGCUCAUGGGGCUUGAUAACUUGCCCCGCUCCGAUCCCGAGCCCGCCAAGAAUGCCGAACUCCGGAGAUCCGCUUCUGAAUCUCGGGUCAAUAAAGAUCUGUAUCGGUUCAUUGAGGGGAACAAUUUCCAGCAGAAUCAGUUGCAGCAGCAACAGUCCACCGUUCCGAGCAAUGUGACCAGAGAGAGGGUGAAAAUAGGAGAUGCGAAAUCGAGGAAUGUGAGGGUUGAGCAGCCCGUGAAAGUGCAGCAUAGAGGGGCGGGGCUGGGCCAGCGGAAAAGCUUCUAUGACUCCACGGACUUCUUCCCGGAGCCCACAAAACGGAGCGCGUUAAUCUGUGAGGACAUUGAGAGGAGGUUAAGGAUAAGGGGGAUCGACGAGCCCUCCAGGGAUCUGGAGACCCUGAAGCAAAUCCUCGAUGCUCUGCAGCUCAAAGGAUUGCUGCACUCGAAGAGGCCUAUUGGCGGCAAUGUCACUCGUCAGAGGAACUUUGUGUACGAGAAGGGCUUCUCCGACUCCCCCAUCGUGCUCAUGAAGCCUUCGAGGCCUAGCAACAGAUUUGACAGCAAGAGCGGGAGCGAUUCCCAACAAUCCAACUUCAGGUCCAGGCCCACCUUGGUUCGCCGGAGCAGUCCCUCUGCUGCCAGGGAGGCAUUGCCGGUGACCGCAGCUAGCCCGAGGCGGGACAACGGGAAGGGCCAGAGCAGGGGAAGGGCUGCGUCUACCGUCUCCCCGACUAGAAGCGACAGUGGCGCGAAGAGCCCGAGCAGGAGGCCGGUGGCAGAUGCAGAGCAGAAGAGGCCGGUGUCCCCGGUUCAGUCCCCCAAGAUCGAUCUGGGCAUACGUCAAUCCAAUCAAACAUUCACGAACCGAUCUCCGAAGAUCCAGAAACCGGUUCCCGAUGUUUACCCCGCGGAGGAUGAGUCGUCCACAGUAUCGGAGAGCAGCAUCAGCACACCUUCUCAGACAGACACAGAGAGGCUGAAGGCGGAGGAAUACAAGGACGGGAGGAGCCUGCUGGAGAGGUGCGACAAGCUGCUGCACAGCAUAGCCGAGAUGACGGCGACGGCCGAGCUGCAGCCGAGCCCUGUGUCGGUGCUCGACGCGGCGUCGUUUUACAAGGACGAGUCAUCGCCUUCCCCUGUCAUGAUGAAACGCAGCAUGGAUUUCACUAAAGAUCAUUCGGAUGACUUGGACGAUGAUCUAUGGAGCUUAAUCUCGUUCAAACGGGAGGAGAGCUCAGAUGAUGCCGACUUCGUCUACAUCUCGGACAUCCUCCGGGCUUCGAGUUACCUGCCUGAAGACUCUGAUGUCUUCCUACUGCUCGAAAAGCAGCAGUAUCUCAAGGGCAAAGACACCUCCAAGGCCUCAAGGAUGCAGAGGAGGCUGAUAUUUGACACGAUCAUAGAGAUUCUAGAGCGGAAACGUCAGCUUCCUCCGCAUUGGAGGACGAACUCCUCUGCCCUUGAGACGCCAUCCGUGCAGCAGAUAUGGUCGGAGUUCCAAAUGAUCCGAGACAGGGACGCAUCGGAGGAUGAUCUAUUCGAGGUUAUAUGCGGAGUACUGAGGAAGGACCUGAUCACAAUGGAUGCGCUCACUGGGUGGGGGAAAUGCCCGGUCGAGGUGUCGGAGUCAGUGCUAGACAUCGAGAGGCUAAUCUUCAAAGAUCUGAUCAGCGAGACCAUUCGGGACCUCGCAGCUUGCGGCACCGAAUAUACCGACAAGGUCCAGGCGCCCAGACGUAGGUUGGUUUUCUGAAGAGUACAGGGAAGUUAGUAUAAGAGGAAGCCAUGGUUGAAUAUUUCCAGAGUGCUUAUUCAUUUUCUUUUUCUUUUUUUAAAUUUUUUUGGUGAUCUUGUUCUGCUCGAACUCUUGGUUUAUUGUUUCCUCUCCUCUUUAGGGGGAUAAAUUUAUAACUUUUAAUAAGUAUUCCAUCCUUUUUUCAAGAUGAUGGAUAUUUUCGGCA